AUGAUAAAGCGUUGCGACUCCCGCGUGUCUGCGACGCACCGCAGCCCAUACCGUAUGCGCCUGCGCACCGCCCGCCCUCCGAGCCUCGCGCCACCACACCUGCCUCUGAAGCCUCCACGUCUGGCUGAAACAUCCCGCCCGCGCGUCGUCUGUCGCGAAGACGCUCACGAGGCACUAUCUCAAACAUACACCCGCCCGCAGCAGCGAUCGCCGAAUGGAGUGAUACUCACCGAAGUGGUACUCGGUUUUGGUGGCCGCCAUCGCGGAGAAGGGUUGUGGUCGGGUCGUGGAGCGUGUGGGUCUUGCGCAGGCGCGGUCGUGGGGCGCAUAGCGCGGCGAGAGUGCGGCGAGAGCACGGGUGCUGGGCAGUGCGCACGCGUCGGAGGACGGCGCGCGAGUCCGCGCCGCCAGCCCCGCGCCGACGCAGCGCGCCGCGCCGCCUUCGCUCAGCGCCACCCUCACCUCGCGCACAUUGUUGUA